UUAGUUGAAUUAUUUAUAGCAAAUAGAAAUUUUCACAUUUUGCAAACAAAUACUUUCUUUUCGCUAGUGCACAGUGCACCUAUAAACCUACUAAAAACAUUCAAAAUGAGCGACGAUAUUCAAAGAAAAUUACAGAACGAAUUAGACAAUUUCAAGAAAACUCAAAAAGAAUUGCAAAAAACUAUACAAAGUCGACAGCAGCUCGACAGCCAGUUGAACGAGAACGAAUUAGUAAAACAGGAAUUGGAGCUGUUGCCCAGCGAUGGUAAAGUGUACAAAUCGGUAGGGCCCGUUCUGAUUAAAACCGAUUUGGUCGAAGCCAAACAAAACGUAACCAAACGAAUGGAGUACAUCAGCAAAGAAUUGAAGCGGAUCGACGAUAUCAUUGGAGGUUUGGAGAACAAACAAGACACCCACAGAGAAAGUCUACAAAGAUUACAACACCAUUUCCAGCAAGCUCAAGUAAAAGCCGCUUUACAUGCUUAG